AUGUCGGUGGGCAACUGCGCACGACCGCUCCUCCGUUCUGGCCGAGCGGCCUCUCGGUCGAUAUCCCACAGGCAACCAAUCUCCACUUCGGGUCCCCGGUACUCCCAAACUUCAAACAAUGCGGGCUCUUCAGCACCGCAGUCCUCCAAGUGGACGGGAUCUUCCGUCAUGGCCGUGGCUUUGGGUGCUGGAAUUGCUGGAUGGGCAACUGCUUCGCUUAGUCCGGAAACCGCAUUCGUAGCGGGUGACCUCCUGCCUCGUCUCGGAGGUCACAAGACUCUGUUGGACGCCGGAAAGCGCCCUCGCUAUGCAAAUUUGAAGGACAUGGAAAAGGCGCUGGACGAAAUCCGGCAGGCAUUCGGCCACGAAGACAUUAUUUCCACGGACCCGGAGGACUUGUAUGCCCAUGGAUACUCCGAGUGGUCGACCACGAACCCAGAUGGCCUCCCUGUCGCCGUAGCGUAUCCGCGCUCGACCGAGGAGGUGUCGAUCCUAGCUCGGAUAUGCUACAAGUACCGCGUGCCAAUCAUCCCCUACUCCGGAGGAUCCAGUCUCGAAGGCAACUUCUCGGCUCCUUACGGAGGUAUUAGUGUCGAUUUCGCCUUUAUGGACAAGAUUAUUCAGUUCAACAAGGAUGAUAUGGAUAUUGUGGUGCAGCCGAGCAUUGGGUGGCAGGAUUUGAAUGAGCAGCUUGCAAAGCAGGGAAGUGGACUUUUCUUCCCCAUCGAUCCAGGCCCGAGUGCAAAGAUUGGUGGCAUGAUUGGAACCAACUGUUCUGGAACUAAUGCCGUCAAGUAUGGCACCAUGAAGGACUGGGUUAUCAACCUGACAGUCGUGCUAGCAGAUGGCACGGUGAUCAAAACGAGACGUCGACCGAGGAAAUCAUCCGCGGGCUAUAACCUUAACGGCAUUUUCGUUGGCUCCGAAGGCACUUUGGGACUGGUAACCGAAGCGACCCUCAAGCUUGCCGUCAUCCCGGAAGAUCUCUCGGUAGCUGUAGUCCCCUUUCCGUCCAUCCGCGACGCAGCCUCUGCCGCCGCCGAGGUAAUGCAGUCCGGUAUUCCCGUGGCCGCCAUGGAGAUUAUGGACGAAGUCCAAAUGAAGGUUGUCAACAUGGGAGGCGCCACCAAACCUCGGACGUGGAAGGAGCAGCCCACGCUCUUCUUCAAGUUUGCCGGUACCAAGAGCAGUGUCAAGGAGAAUAUCAACCAGGUGCAACGAAUUGCCAAGGCGCACAAGGGGGGAAAUUUUGAGUUUGCCAAGGACGAGCAGGAGCAAAAGUUGUUGUGGUCGGCUAGGAAGGAGUCUUUGUGGUCGAUGCUUGCCCUGAGAAAGGAUGGAGAGGAAGUUUGGAGCACCGACGUCGCAGUACCCUUCAGCCGACUUGCCGACAUCAUUGAAGUGAGCAAGAAGGAGAUGGAUGACCUCGGCUUGUUCGCCAGCAUACUCGGCCACAUUGGAGACGGCAACUUCCACGAGAGCAUCAUUUACAACCGCACCAAGAAGGAGGAGCGCGACAAGGUCGAAAAGUGCGUCAAGAACAUGGUCAAGCGCGCCAUCGACAUGGAGGGCACCUGUACCGGUGAGCACUCUGUUGGAUGGGGUAAGAAGGACUCGCUCCUGCUCGAGGUUGGUCCUGAUACUCUUGGGGUGAUGAGAGCGAUCAAGCGGGCUCUAGAUCCGCACUGGAUCAUGAACCCUGGAAAGAUCAUGGAUGUUCCUUGA